AUGUGGAUAAAUGGAAGGGGGAGAGAAAGAGAGAAGAAUGAAGAGUAUUCAAAAGUUGAUGCAAAUGAGCACUCAAACAGAGAUCUAGCAAGCCAAUAUGAGGUCCAGGGUUUCCCAAUCAUUAAGAUCUUACGUGAUGGAGGAAAGACAGUUCAAGAAUAUAAAGGUCCUCGUGAAGCUGAUGGUGUAGUUACUUAUUUGAAAAAGCAAGUGGGUCUUGCAUCAUCUGAAAUCAAGUCGAAGGAAGAUGCUGCUAAUAUAAUUGAUGAGAAAAAAGUUUUUGUUGUUGGUGUUUUUCAAGAAUUUUCUGGAGAGAAGUUUGAAAACUUCAUAAGUUUGGCUGAAAAGUUACGCUCUGACUAUGAUUUUGGUCACACACUUGAUGCCAAACUCCUUCCUCGUGGCGAGCCAGUGGAUAAGCCCACUCUUUGUCUUCUUAAACCAUUUGAUGAGUUUUUUGUUGAUUUCCAGGACUUCCAAGUUGAUGUAAUGGAGAAGUUCAUUGGUGAAGCUAGUAUUCCUAUUAUCACUAUUUUUGACCAAAACCCAGAGAAUCAUCUAUAUGUUAACAAGUUUUUUAAUGGUCCCAAUGAUAAGGCAAUGCUUUUUGUGAACUUCAGUAGUGAGCUCAGUGCUUUCAAAUCCAAAUACAAUGAUGUAGCUAUGCUUUAUAAGGGAAAGGGAGUUAGCUUUCUUUUGGGAGAUCUUGAGACCGGUGAUGGUGCACUUCAGUACUUUGGGCUCAAGGAAGAUCAGGCACCUGUAAUUGUAAUACAGGAUAAGGAUCAGCAAAAAUUCAUUAAACCAAAUGUGGAACCAGAUCAACAUGCAACUUGUGUUUAGGACUACCAGGAGGGGU